UGUACGGAUUUUGUUGUAGCUACCAAUUAUAGACGAGCUGCGUUUAGUAUUCGUUAUAAUUCAGGCUAACUCUUUUAAAGUGGGGAACAUAAAACAAAAUUAUGAACACAAGUCAAUGAACCCACAAAAAUGUCAGUAUGGAUGUAUGAUUACGUAAAAACCUUGAUAACGCACUCUUGCAAAACAGAAAACGUAUUCCCAAAAUAUUGGCCGGAAAUGUAGAAAUGGAUUCUUCAGGCAUGGUUCGCGACAUUGGAAAACAUGUGUGGAAUUAACUGCGUAUCUGCUACGGUCAUCUUGCUGAACUUGAUAAUGGUUUCGACUGGUGAGAGGUUGGUGAUAACAGGUGUUAUAUCCGUCAGAAUGUUCGAUAUCAUUGAACUAUACACAGAUGCAGAGAUUCCUGACAUUGAUAGAUAUACGAUAGAGAUUACGAAUCAGGGUUUGACAAGUAGAACAAACAAUAUGAGCUUUCCUGUUGGAGCAAGUAUUUCUGCAGGAAGUUUCAUCUACGUCAGCAGUUAUAGGGACCGAUUGGAUGACUUUUUCGGUUGCUAUACGGUCCAUUUCUAUAGAGAUAGAAAAGUUAAACUCCAAGGGGAUAAUGAAGCUGUAAUCUUGCUUAAAGAUGGUACUGUACAUGAUCAGUUUGGGGACAUUGUGCCCGAAGAAAGUAUUAACAAUUCCUGGAGUUAUAAUAUGGGCUGGGCCCAUCGAAAAGAUAAUACUGGACCUGACGCUGGCUUUUCGGAAGACAACUGGGUGAUCAACAAAGAAGUGUUUACAACAAAUGACAACACGGACAACGCAAAUAAUAAAGUAUAUCCUCUUGCCAGUUUUGAAAAUGGAAACAUCACAGUAUCUUGUCCGCCUUUAACCACGGCGUCAACCACUUUAUUUCCAACAACUGCUAAGGCAACGACGACUGAAGAAACCAUAACUACUGAAGAACCUACAACCACUGAACAAGCUACAACUACUGAACAAAGUGCAACUACGGAAGAACCUACAACCACUGAACAAGCUACAACUACUGAACAACCUACAACCACUUCACAAGCUACAACUACUGAACAAAGUGCAACCACUGAACAACCUACAACCAAUGCACAAGCUACAACUACUGAACAAAGUGCAACAACUGAACAACCCACCGCCACUCCAAAACGGACUUCAACAACUGAACAAUCUACAACACUGACUCUAGAGCAAAUAACCUCUGACCAAACUACAACAUCACGUCCAAAGCAAACGACAACAAAAGAACAAACAACUAUUUCUGAGUCCAUGACAACUCGAGAGCAAAUAUCUCCAUCAUUUCCAUUAUCAAUCAUCACAUCCAUAUCAACAUUUAGCACCCAUCAGACAUCUGAGAGGCCAUUCAAACGCACACAGUUAGAUGAUUUCCUAGAACGUACAACACCUAUCAUAAUGUUAACACCACCUCCUCGUGUAACUAAAAAGCCUGUAUAUGCACCAUUGAAGAAGAUAGUAUAUGAGGCAGAGGACAAGCCGGUGGUCAGUAAAGCCAUAGGGACAAUUUGGGUUGUGAUAAUGAUUUCCUGCGUGGGAUUAGUGAUACUGUUGGAUGCACCUGCCCUUAUUAGACAUAUACAUAUGGGCUAUUUGAAUGUGAAGUCGUGUAUGCCAUGUACCCAUGGCGUAACUAAGAGGUCGCGUAAUGGAAAUAGGAGACCAUCGGAGGCUGCAUUUGUUAAGAAAGGAAACAUCGUUAAUAUUGGUGAUGAUGACAGCUUCAUUACUGUGAUAAGCAAUGAUGCUGGUAGUGUUGAUCUCAUCAAUGAACCGCCUAAAUCACAAACGUAUGAUAGAGAUGAUGCAAAAUAUGACACGGCCAAGAGUCGGCAUAUUCAUGACAGUUAUUUGACUGCCGAAAACAUUGACAAACCAACUCAUGGGAUUCAUAUUGUACUACAAAGAGAGGAUGCAAAUCAAACUUCCGGUUUUGAUAAAAUUCAAAAUGAUCCAUAUACUGACCUCCAUGCUAAAUUAGGGCAUGGAAAUAAGGUUAUAUGUGAGAGUGAUACACUCAAAAUACCAUCUAAACAUAGAACGUCGCCAGUAAUUCCUUUUCCUGAAAAGUCGAUUGUUUUGGAACAUCAGAUGGGCCUUGAACCUAUAGAAGAGUUUGUUUGA